UUCUCUGCCCCCUGUGCAUGAGGUUGGCGGGCUACUACGUGCAUGUAUGUGUUGAGUGUUUUUAUUUAAAAUAGUUUUUGAGGUAGCUAACACAACUUGUUAGUCAAUAAAAUCAGUUUUGGGCAGAACCUUUUUAUUUGGGCAAAGUGACUUCCCUGCAGAUAAAAGAAAAGCGGUGGUUGCCCCAGCUAUGCCGUCCAGUGUUGGACCCAGCAGCCCCGCAGCUGCACUCGCCGAGGCGUUGGAGAGCGCUGCUCGGCUGAUUGACAGACACGUGCAGGAUGACCGCUGCUUUCCUGACCUGUCAGAGCUGCUCAGCGUCCCUUCACACAACAUGCCGUCCCUCUCUGGAGUUUCGGACAUGGACUACCCCCUUCAGGGACCUGGUUUGCUCAGUGUGCCAAACCUCCCGGAGCUCAGCGCAGUGCGACGAGUCCCUCUACCUCCUGAACUGGUGGAGCAAUUCAGCCAUAUGCAGUUUAACUGCAUGAUGGGAGUUUUUCCUGAGAUCUCUCGAGCGUGGCUCACUAUCGACAAUGACAUCUUCAUGUGGAAUUACGAAGAUGGAGGGGAUGUGGUCUAUUUUGAUGGGCUGAUUGAAACUAUUCUGGCCGUGGGUCUUGUUAAACCAAAGCAAGGGAUUUUACAGCCACACAUUCACUACCUCUUAGUACUGGCCACUUCUGUGGAUGUAGUAAUUCUUGGACUCAGUUUCCCCAAGGGCCAAGCUGGACUGAAUGACAGCAUGUCUGGUGGGAUGCAGCUGCUGCCAGACCCUCUGUUUUCGAUCCCCACAGACAACACCUACAUCCUGUCAAUCACCUCCACAGACCUGGGACGCAUCUUCAUGGCAGGAAAGGAUGGCUGCCUCUAUGAGAUAGCUUACCAGGCAGAAGCAGGCUGGCUGAGCCAGCGUUGCAGGAAAAUCAACCACUCUAAAAGCUCUCUAUCCUUCCUCAUUCCUUCUGUGCUCCAGUUCUCCUUUUCUGAAGACGAUCCUAUUGUGCAGAUUGCAAUUGAUAACACUCGCAACAUACUCUACACACGCUCUGAGAAAGGUGUCCUGCAGGUGUACGACCUAGGUGCUGAUGGCCAAGGAAUGAGUCGUGUGGCAACAAUGUCACAGAGCUCCAUAGUUGCAGCUGCUGGAAACAUUGCUAGGACAAUUGAUCGUUCUGUCUUCAAGCCCAUCAUCCAGAUAUCUGUGAUUGACAAAUCUGAGUCCUCAGAUUGCCACCUGCUAGCUGUCACCCAUGCAGGUGUACGUCUCUACUUCACCACAACAUUUUUUGCCCCUCUGCACCAGAAGCAUGUUGCAGUUCGGCCAAGCCUCCUUGCUUUAGUCCAUGUUCGUUUGCCACCAGGGUUUUCUGCCUCCUCUACCCUGCAGAAACCAGCAAAGGUCCAUAAGGCUCUACACAGUAAAGGUGUUCUGCUCAUGGCUGCCUCUGAGACAGAAGACAGCGACAUCUUGUGGUGCAUUAAUCAUGACUCCUUUCCCUUCAAGAAACCUUUGAUGGAGACACAGAUGAUGUCUAAUGUGGAUGGACACUCCUGGGCUCUUUGUGCUAUUACUGAUGAGAGGCCUCCUAAGAUUUUCACUCCUCUAAACAAGGAACAGAUUCCCAUUACUGAUUCACCGGUGGUUGUCCAGCAGCACAAUGUCCCUCCACAGAAGUUUGUCCUUCUCUCUGCAAAGGGGAGUCACAUCUUCCAGAAACUGCGACCAGUAGACCAGCUUCGUUACCUCCUUGUUAACUGUGCUGGGGGAGAAAGUGAAGAGAUUGAACGCUUCUUCAAGCUGCAUAGGGAGGAGCAGGCCUGUGCCACAGCACUGAUCUUGGCUUGUUCAAGUGCGGCUUCUGACCGAGAGGUUUCACAGUGGGCCACUAGAGCAUUCUUCAGAUAUGGAGGAGAAGCACAGAUGAGAUUUCCUGCAGCCAUGGCUGCUCCCAGCACCGUUGGACCCGUGAUGAGUUCUCCAGCACCAGGUAAGUUAAUCCAUGUUUUCAGAAGUAAACAGACAUUAAAGAUAUGUGUGAAUGUAUUUUUAUGUAUUGUCAAUCUCACCUCAGGAGUUGUACCUCCUGCACUGGCAACACCAUUUGCACCAAUGCAUGCUGGAUCUGCCCCCAUCACACCCAUGUCAGCUGGCCCAGAGGUGAUUUUCUCAGGGAAACACAAUGGCAUCUGCAUCUACUUUGCUCGCAUUCUUGGAAAUAUUUGGGAUGGUAGCCUUGCUGUUGAGAAAACCAUGAGCAAAGGAAACCAGACUAUUAGUAUUCUGGAAAGCAGUGUUACACCAUUUGAGCUGGAGUCUGUCCUUUUUGAACUCAGCGGUCUGCAGGAGUUUCUGGAUAAAAACUCUCAGCUCAGUCCUUCCUCUCUUGGUGCUGCAAGCUUCACCUCCCCUGCCAACCUGCAGCAAAGACUGCUGGGAUUCAUGCGUCCUGAUGGAGCGAACUCCCAGCAGGUUCAGCAGGAACUCCAGAGGAAAUAUCACACCAACGCUCAGGUCUAUGAGAAAGUGUCCCUGCAGGGUAUGCAGCAGUUUGUACAUCGCUCUUAUCAGACUCUGGUCCUCUGGAAGCUCCUCUGUGAUCAUCAGUUCAGCCUCAUUAUGUCUGAGCUGCCAAAGGAGUUUCAAGAGCAGAUGAAGGGGGCAAGUUUUAAGGAUGUAGUUAUCCGGGGAAAGGAAUUAUCUGGAGCGCUCAUCACAGGGCUCAUUAAUGUCUACAUCAAAGAUAGUGCCUCUGUGGACGCCAUCAGCAACCACCUGCGGGAUCUCUGCCCCCUGCUGUACAGCAGUGAUGACAGCGUUUGCUCCAAGGCUAAUGAGUUGCUGCAGAGCUCCAAGCAGGUCCAGAACAAAGUAGAUAAAGAGAGAACACUGCGGGAAUCUCUGCGGCUCUACCAGCAGAUCAGCCAGCACACAGACCUGCCAUUUGUUUGCUCUCAGUACAGGCAAGUGCGUUUCUACGAGGGAGUCCUUGAGUUGUGUCUCACAGCAGCAGACAAGAAGGAUCCACAGAGGUUGGGUCCCCACUUCUACAAGAAUGGAGAGCCUGAAGAGGACAGAGCGGGACAGCAGGCCUUUCAGGAAAGACUUUCAUGUUAUAAGUGCAUCACCGACACCAUGCAGGAGCUGGUGAACCAGAGCAAAGCUGCCCCUCAGUCCCCCAGCGUCCCUAAACAGCCCGGACCCCCUGUCAUGACCUCAGACCCAAACAUGCUCAGUAACGAAGAAGCCACAGCUCAUUUUGAGCAGAUGCUUGGUCUGGCCCAGAGGUCUCAGGAUGAGCUGUUUCACAUCGCCCUCUACAACUGGCUGAUUCAGGCCGACCUGACUGACAAGCUGCUGGAGGUGAAUUCUCCAUAUUUGGAAGAACAUUUGAUGCAUAUGAUCAAACAGGACCAGAGUAAGGUUCACAAUAUGGACCUCUUGUGGCGAUACUAUGAGAAGAAUCGUAACUUCGGAAAAGCAGCUCAUGUAUUGGCGCGUCUGGCUGACAUGCACAGUACUGAGAUCUCUCUGAAGCAGCGUUUGGAGUAUAUUGCCAGAGCCAUCCUGUCUGCAAAGAGCUCCUCCUGCAUCUCAGCUCAGGCAUCUGAUGGAGAAUUCCUUCAUGAGCUGGAAGAAAAGAUGGAGCUUGUGCGUAUCCAAGUGCAGAUCCAGGAAACCCUGAUCAGACAGUACUCCCAUCAUCCAUCAGUGAAAAAUGUCAUCUCCCAGCUGGAUUCAGAGCUCAUGGACAUUACAAAGCUUUAUGGAGAGUUUGCUGAUCAUUUCAAAUUGUCUGAGUGCAAGCUGGCCAUCAUUCACUGUGCAGGGCAUUCAGAUCCAAUCCUGGUGCACUCGUUAUGGCAGGAGAUCUUGGAGCGAGAACUGGGAGACAGUGUGGCCAUGAGUCCAGCAGACAGGAUGAGGUCUCUCAAUCUGAAACUGGUAUCACUGGGGAAGAUUUAUGCUGGAACGCCGAGAUAUUUCCCUCUAGAGUUUCUGGUAAAGUUUCUGGAGCAGGAGGUGUGUCAAAUGAACUGGGAUCUUGGAUUUGUCACAUCCACCAUGCAGGAGAUUGGAGUACAGUUGCCCCGUCUUCUGGAGGUCUAUGACCAGCUCUUCAAAACUCGGGAUCCUUGCUGGCAGCGGCUGAGAAAACCCCUACAUUUGGUGGAGUGUAUCCACGUGCUUCUUUCAGGAUAUGUUGAUGACCCCAGCAGAGUACCAACCUAUGACAGGCGCAGAUUCACUAACGUGUGCCUUGACAACAUCUGUGGAUACCUUGUGGAACUGCAAUCUUUGAGCCCAAACUCAGCUCUUCAGCAAACCAUCGGCAACUUUAAGUCACUGCAGGCAAAGCUGGAGAAACUCCACUGACCGUCUCAUAAAUGCCAGGUCACCUCUAGAUCUUAGAUUGCUGGCGUCUAACAAACAUCUGACGAAAAGUUUGACCAUCAGCAAGCACGAUUUGAUGAAGUUUGUAUUCAUUGAUCGAGUCUGCCUCUUUACACCUUGAGUUUGUGUUGCAGUCUGGGACAGAUAUGUUGUUUUGGGAUAAUGGACACGAAAUGAACUUUAUGUCUCUGGGUUCAAAAUAAAUGUGGAAACUGAAGACAAGUUUUAUAAAUUAUUUGUUAGACUUUGUUACUUUGAACAUUAUGCUGAAGCAAAGAAAGGCAUUUAGCAAUUUUCAUAGUUUGCAAAUAGUUGUUGGGUUGUUCAAUUUUUAAAAACAAAGCAAAACGUAAGAUUUUUGGACUAUUGUAUCUGAACUGUUUCAUAUUAUAUGUUGUAAUUUUGUACAGAACUUGCCUAUAAUAUCAUUUUGUCUGCAGAGGCUUUUUUACACACUAGUAAUCAUUACAACAAACAUCUUGAUUAUCCGGAAAGUAAAACAGUGCCACUGUGUGUAAGUGCUUUUGUGAGCUUUUUGAAUCUUUUUUAACUUGCACUGAAACUUCUGGCCUGUAUUAGGGGAAAAAAAUAAAACAUUUUUGAAAUACUGUAGUAGAA